AUGGGGGAUCAUUUUGUGUUCCUGGUGGAUCGGUUGCUAACUGAAUCCACCCUUGAAGCUGCUAUUGAGAGUCAAAACCGAUUGUGGCAAGCCAUGCCUUCAGCAAGUACAGAUAAUACAACUGAAUUUUCACCGCAUUGGAUGGAUUUAGAAUUGAGCUCAUCAACUGGUAAAUCAGUAGAGUGUAAGAUUUGCCAUGACGAGGAUGAUGACACGAACAUGGAGAUGCCAUGUUCUUGCCGUGGCAGUUUGAAGUAUGCUCAUCGGAAAUGUGUUCAGAGGUGGUGCAAUGAGAAGGGUGACACUAUCUGUGAGAUCUGCCAUCAGCAAUUUGAGCCUGGUUACACAGCACCACCCCCUUUGUUUCGUUGUGGUGCUAUUCCAAUGAACUUCAGAGGAAAUUGGGAGAUACCCAGAAGAGACCUACGCGAUCCUCCAUUUAUAGCUAUGGUUACUACUGACCGUGAAUUUUUGGACUCUGACUUUGACGAGUAUUCACCGCCCUCUCCUAGGAGCUUGAUGUGCUGCCGCAUAAUUGCUAUUAUGUUUUUGGUUCUUUUGGUUUUACGCCAUACUCUUCCUAUCAUAAUUAGUGGAGCUGGGGAUUACUCGAUGACAUUCUUCAUGUUAUUGAUAUUGAGAACAGGUGGGAUUCUUCUGCCUAUUUAUGUCAUGGUCAGAGCAUUUACUGCUAUCCAACGUCGGCGACGCCAGCAGGAUCCUCCUUUUCCCCUUGAUGAAUCAGAUGAAGAAAACGAGCUGCCCCAACUGCAGACUCACUCGCGCAUUAUUCAUGUUCGGUGA